GUGGGUGGGGGGGUGUCUGCAGCAGCAGGGCUCCAUGGUCCCUUCCCAAAGCAAUGAGUCCGUGUUCAGCUGCUCUCCCGCCCCGUGUCUUCUAUCCAGCGUCCCCUCUUGCUUCUCCUCUUCCCAGCAGCUGCUCUGCUCUGGGGGAGGGUCUCGUCCUGGGGCGGGGGGCACAGCGCUGUGGGUCACCUCUCAUUUCUGUCUGUCUGCAGGGCCCGGUUCCUGAGAGCGUUGCCGAGAAGUGCCCCCUGGCACCGGAAGACGUGGAGCCCGGCAGCGGGGUGUACUCCUGCUUCAUGAAGUCCCAUCGCUGUUACGACCUGAUCCCCACCAGCUCCAAGCUGGUCGUCUUCGACACCUCCCUGCAGGUGAAAAAGGCCUUCUUCGCGCUGGUCACCAACGGUGUGCGGGCCGCCCCGCUGUGGGACAGCAAGAAGCAGAGCUUUGUGGGGAUGCUGACCAUUACCGACUUCAUCAACAUCCUCCAUCGCUACUACAAGUCGGCCAUGGUUCAAAUCUACGAGCUGGAGGAGCAUAAAAUUGAAACGUGGCGAGAGGUGUAUCUGCAAGACUCCUUCAAACCGCUGGUCUGCAUCUCCCCCAAUGCCAGCCUCUUCGACGCCGUCUCCUCGCUGAUCCAGAACAAGAUCCACCGGCUGCCCGUCAUCGACCCGGACUCGGGGAACACCCUCUACAUCCUCACGCACAAACGCAUCCUCAAGUUCCUCAAGCUCUUCAUAACAGAGGUCCCGAAGCCGGAAUUCAUGACCAAAACGCUGGAGCAGCUGAAGAUCGGCACCUACGCCAACAUCGCCCUGGUGCACCCCAACACGCCGCUCUACGUUGCGCUGGGCAUCUUCGUGCAGCACCGCGUCUCCGCCCUGCCCGUGGUAGACGAGUCAGGUCGGGUCGUGGACAUUUACUCCAAGUUUGACGUCAUUAACCUGGCAGCCGAGAAGACGUACAACAACCUGGACGUGACGGUGACGCAGGCGCUGCAGCACCGGUCGCAGUACUUCGAGGGCGUGCUCAAGUGCUGCAGACACGAGACCCUGGAGACCAUCAUCAACCGCCUGGUGGAGGCCGAGGUCCACAGGCUGGUGGUGGUGGACGAGAGUGAAGUGGUGAAGGGCAUCGUCUCCCUCUCUGACAUCCUGCAGGCGCUGGUGCUCCCGGGCGGGCCCUGGCUCUGAGGGGGGCUUCCCACUGCCUGUCUGAGACUGUCGCCGAGGUGGGGCUGUGAGUGACAGGGACCGAGGAUGCUAGACCCCCCCGGCACCCAUCACGCGUUGGCCCUGCCGCUGCUCCACCAGCAUCACGCCUCCCGAGCCAGCUGCACACCGGCCAAAAGCCAGCAAUAAACCCCCCAGUUCUCCUGGGCAGGCUGGGCCCCAGGCCCCACCAGCGCGUCACUUGGCCGGGGGGAUGCUUGCUGGCAUCCUGCACUGGUGCUGCCAGCCCCUCCGAAAUGGCUAGGGAAGCCCUGUGUGAUCAGCUGCCCCACGGUGCUGGACCUGUUCCCAUUUCUGCACCCUGUGGCCCUUUGGCCACCCCCGGGGGGCUGGAACAGUUUCCUUAUUUCAUCCCCCACCCCCCAGGGGUCAGAACUCAACCAGUUCCUGCCCUGCAGUGCCCCACAGCCCUGCCCCCAGUCAUCUGGAACUCCAGCCCCCAUUCCCCAGUGAUCCCCCCCUUCCCUAAAAGUCCAAACCCUGUUUUUACUGAGCACCGUCUUCACAGCCUGGCGCCGGAGCCCCGGCCUGGGGCGGGGGCCUCACUCACUCUUCCCCUUGCUGCUGCGAGGUUGGCACCUGGCACGCCCAGCUUGAGUUGGAGUCUGGGCCGGCAGCCGUUGGGGGAGGAGGUUCCCAGGUGCUUGUGCCCGGGGCCCCCUGCCCGGGGCAUCUGCACCCAUCGCUGCUCGGUUACUGUAAGUCUAAUAAAAACCAGGCCAUGGGUCUGGAUGAAGUUA